AUGCACCUGGGCCCCCUGGCGCCGCCCGGCCAGGAGGCGGCCAUGUCGACCGGCGCGUUUAGGAUGCCGUUUGAAGCGGGCGACGCGGACAGUGACUGGAGCCGUUCCUGGGGCUCCAGCGGCGCCGGCGCCGCGUCCGGCGCGCCCGCGGGCGAGCGCGCGGCCGCCUCGGCGCUGGCGGGCGCGUUCCCCGCCGCCUUCGACCCGGAAGCGGUCCUGGACCUCCCGGCCCCCCGCCCCGCCGCCGCGGCGCCCGCCGAGGCGCCGCCCGCGGACGCGGCGGUGGCCGCGACCCUCGCCGCCUUGGAAGGUGCCCUCAACCGCGCGCGCCCGCUCACCCAGUUCGCACAGCCCGGCGACCGCAGCCCGCGCGCGCACGGGAUACACCCGCUGGUGGUGGGCACGCCCAUGGUGGAUGACGGCGCGGCGCGCGCGGCGAUGGCGCUCAUAUAUGCGUCUGCGACGCGCGGGGCCGCGCGCGGGCUGUGGCCGCCGCUGUCGAAGGGGCAGCCGUCCGGCGGGGACGGCGGGGGGCCGCUGAUACUGUCGGCGCCCCAGGCUAGCGAGGCGGGCGUGGUCGAAGCGCUGUCGAUGGCUCUGGGGGGCCACGACUACACAAACAUCAACGUGGGCGCGCCGGCCGCCGCGCCAGCGGCGCCCGCGCAGGUGCUGCUGGCGCCGGCGGCGCUGGACGGCGGCGCCGGGGCCAGCGGUAGUGGCAGCGGCAGCGCGCUGCGGCCGGCGGCGGGGCGGGGGCCGACGGGGGCGAUGUGGGCGAAGGUGCAGAGGGGGCUGCCGGCGCUGCCGGGGGCUCUGAAGGAGGAUCUCCAGGACCUGCUCCAGCAGCUGACUAACGGCCAGGUGGCGAUCCACCUCUGCCCCCGCGCGGCGCUGACCGGCCAGACGCCCUGCGGCCACUACGUCCGCGCCUGGGCCGUCGCCGCGCCCGCGGGGCCGCCGCCGGCCGGGCCGGGCACGCUUGUCAGCGCGUCGGGCCACGUGCUGUCGACCGGGACAGCUCAUGCGGCGCUCGCGGCCGGCGGCGGCGUGUUCUCGUCGAUGUCGCGCCACGGCAGCGGCGGCGCGCUGAGCAGCGCGGCGCGCUCGCUCGCGCUGCCGCUGUCGGACGCAAGCGGCGCGCUCGCCAACGCCGGCGCCGCGGCGAGCGCGGCGGGGGGCGGCCUGCUGUCGAGCGGGCGGCUGCCGCUGCAGCACGCGGGCGCCGCGGCGGCGAUGCUGGAGCGCUCGGGGCGGGGGUUCGGCCGCCGGAACCUCGCCGCGUCGGUCGCGCUGCGGCGCUCGAUGUCGGUCGCCUCGGGCGACCCCUUCCUGCGCGUGCGCGGUGCGGCCACCGAGCUGGGCCGCACCUCGUCGGCCAACAUUUCGGGCGCGAUCGCCAUGUCCAACCUGUUUUCGGGGCGCGCGGGGGACCCCUCAGAGGCGACGGCGUAUGACGCGACUGCGCUCGCCGCCGCGGGGCCCGGCGGCAGCGGCGCCGGCGGCGCGGGCACGGGCCUGCGCUCGGCGUCGUCGGCGGACGCGGGGGCGCUCGCGGCCGCCGCGGCGGCGGCGGCCGCCGGCGACGGCGGCUGGCCGCAGGCCCGACACCACCGCCAGCACCAGCACCAGCACGCGCCGCCGCCGCGCGGCGGCGGGGCGGGACCCGAGGGCGCGAUUGCGAACAGCGCGUACAUCGACGGCACGAUGGCGCCCGGCGGCGCGUUCGGCGCGGACGGGCGCCUGCUCGACGCCGGCGGCAGCGCGGCGCGCCCUGCGGCGGCGCACGGCUUUGACCGGGUGGUGUCGGGGGCAGCGCUGACGUUCCAGGAUGUUUUAGAGGCGGGGGCGGAGGCGGCGCGGGCGGCGUACGCUGUUUAUGUGGACGAGACGUGCCCGUCUGUGGUGGAGGCCCUGGUGCACAGCUGGCUGUCCCUGAGGGGCCGCUCCCUGGCUGACUGCCGGCUCGCCGAGGCCUGGACUACCGCGAUGCGGACCGGCCUGCAGGACGAGAUGAGAUCCGCCGCCGACCCUUCGGCUUCCGUAGGGCCUGACGGCACCAGCGGCGGCGACGCGGCUGCGGCGUCGCAGCAGCAGCAGCAGCAGCAGCAGCAGCAGCAGCAGCAGCAGCAGCAGCAGCAGCAGCAGCAGCGUCUGCUCGUCUCCCAGUGCCAGGCCGCCGACAUGGCGGCGCUGACGCCCUCAGAGCUCCUCGAAUGCGUCGCCUGGGCCGCAGCCUGCCCGCGCGGCGAACUCUCGCGCAGAGCGCUUGCCGCGGCACAGGCCCUCGCCGCCUCGCCCUCCUCGCCGCCCGGGACCCCUGCCAGCCCUCACUUCACGCCCUUCAUGCGCGGCGCGUUCGCGGCGACCGCGGCUGGCGUGGCCGGCGGCGGGGCCAUUCCGGGCGGCGACACGGUGGCGGCGGCGCAGCUGCUGCACCUGCUGCGCGCGCUGCGCGCGACCGCGCUGGCUGGCGCCGUCGACGGCGCGUGGCUGCAGGAGACGUACGGGCCCUGGAGGGCGGCGCUGUUCGGCGUCAUGCGGGCUGCGCAGGCGGCGCGGCUGGAAGCUGAAAAGGCCGAGGCGGAAGCUGCCGCGGGUGGCGGGGCCGGCGCCGGUGAGGGCGAGGGCUUGGGGACAGACCAGCAGGAGCCCAGCCCGCAGCAGCAGCAGGAGCAGCAAGAUCAGAAGGACGCAGAGGAGGCGGAGGAGGGUAAGGACGGGAUUGGAAGUCCGGCAGGCAAGAUCGAGGCGGGAUCCACUGUGGAGGAGGCUCCAGGAGCGCAGGAGGAGGAGGGGGCUGGCGUCGAUGCGGCACCCGCUGUGGCCAGCCUGGCAUGCGUAGAGGCGCUGCUGUCGGCGGCGGCUGAGUGGUGCAUCGCACGGCGGCGCGUGACCAGCGGGACGAUGUCCAUCCUGCGCCAGGUGGGGUUGCACUUUGUUUGA